AUGGUUCACACACGUCCAACUAAUGCGUUGAAGAGGCCUGCUCAGGUAGUUUUGGACACGAAACAGAAGAGGUGGACUGCAGCUCAGGUUAAAGAAGAUCGGGCACGCGCUGAGAAGGAGCAAGAGGAACAAGACCAGAAGGCAAAGCAAGCCAUUGUGCAAGUGGCUGCCGCUCAGCAGAAAGCUGCCAUUCAGCAGGAGAACACGAUUGAGUCUACCCCAUUCAAGGCGCCAUUGCACUUAGAAAGUGCCUCUUCUGUUUCUCGUCCCACUGGAUCUGCACUAUCUCAAGUCACUCAUGCAACGACUAAUGCAACGACUACUGCUACAGCUCCCCCUGCGACACCUGAAAGCUCUGUGUUCAAUGACGAUGUUGAAAUUGAAGAUCACACACCAGACUCGGCUGAGGGGCCCGAGCGCUUAGCAGUGUAUACUCUCACAAAGAUGAGUAAACCAAAGUGCAUCCAGAAAUUGAUGGAUGUGAUUAAAGUCAAGGAUGUUUCCAAACCUCCAACUCCACCAAUUCCUUUGCAAAUGAGGCUCCUUCAACAUGGUUUGGGUAGCACCCAUCCCCAUAUCACUCAGUCUGAACCAAAGGAUGCCACGGUGGACCCUGAGGGCCAGGAGGACUCUAUCAUGAUUGCAGACGAUGCUGACAAUUUUGAUCUUGAAGACUAUGAUGCCAGCGCUGCCAUGAGGAACACAGUUGUGGAUAACACUCCUCCGCCCAAGCAUAUCAAACGAGAGGCAGAAGGUGACGUGAUGGCUGGAGAGGCCUUGGGGGCAAAAUACAAGAACAGCGACCUUCCUCCUGGCUGCUUGGACCGAAAUUUAUGGUGCGGGGUGUUUAUCCCCACAGUGGCGCAUGCAGCUGGUGGCGAGAAUGUCCACCCUUGGUUGAUUGAGGACAAUGUACUCAUUCCAAUUCUCACUAAGGCAUGGAACAUCAUUUAUGCAGACAAUCCAUCCCUCAUGAAAUACCAAAUCGUACCUGGUGGUGCCAUCCAUCAUGUGGUUAAACAAUGCCUCAGUGAAUGGCACAGAGGGUUUGGAUCUGCCGCUGUCAUGAUCAUUACAAGUCUCAUGGCUUCUGACACUAUGUACAAAACUGACCAAGAGCAUACCAAGUUUGCCAAGUUCUGGCUCGAAGACAACCACUUCCUUUUCUCAGAUGUUAGCUCUGAUGACCCAGAGGUUCGCAUGGUCAGGGAUGUGGCAGUCUACAUUUAUGUUGCAGACUUUUGCUGCACAUCUCAAGGCUGGAUGGAAAUUCCAGUGCUCAACAGCGAAGAGGAAAUCAUGCGGGCAUCACUUGCUUUGUCAGCAGGGGUGGUAAAAUGCGCUCUGUACCUCCUUUCUGUAGGAUCGAUGAGUUUUACCAUCACAGCGGCUACUGGGAAGGGAAAGAAGAAAGCUGCUAAUACUACACGCAAGGGUAAGGCAUCCGCUUCUAAUGGAGACAUCUGGGAGGCUGUGAUUGGGGAGAAUGAGAGCUUCUCUGAGCCGCUCUGGGGUUACGAUACGCACAUGUUCAUGCAAGCGAUCAAGAAUGUUCCCUCCACAGCCAUGGAGGGCAUCAUUCAGCAAGCCCAGGAAUACAUGAAAGCUACCCCUCGUGGAGGACGGUCCAAGGGCGCUGACGAGCCUGUGGAGGAAGAGAUUGAUGAGGAAUAUGUCAAUUUCCUUGCUUUCUGCUAA